GAAUAUUGGGUAGUCUGGAUUACCUGCCCCUUUGUAUACAAAGAGUCAGGCACAGACGAAGUAAUGGCGGACGCGAUGGAAAUAGUUAUAAACAGCCAGUCAAUUACAGAUGCAUUGCAGAAAUAUUGUUCAGAAUUCCAAACUAAUAUAUCAGAGCUCAAACCACUACAGUUUAAAGCAGUACAAACAUUAUUAUCAAAAAAAGACUGCAUCUGUGCUCUACCCACUGGUUAUGGCAAAUCAUUAAUUUACGAAAUUUUACCUUUUAUUGUUCCAAAAUGUAUUGUGAUUGUUAUUGUGCCUUUAAAUGCCAUAAUAGAACAGCAAAUACUGAAACUCUAUGGACAAUCUUUUUCUAUGUCUAUGAGUAAAGACACUGUUGACUUAUCAAUUACCAAAUAUUUUUUCUUUCAUCCAGAGACUGUUUUAAUCUCUCUUGAAGUGAACAAACUAUUUCGCUCUGUUAAAUUUCAAGAUUAUAACAAGUUUCUUGUAAUCGACGAGGCUCAUUGUGUUAUUGAAUGGGGCGGAGAAUUUAGGAAGGACUUUAAAAGAAUAUACCAACUGAAGUCUCUUGUAAGUUGCCCAAUUCUUGCUUUGUCAGCAACAAUAACAAAAGCAGGUCAAACUGAAAUUGCAAAAUGUCUGCAUUUGACUAACUAUGAAGUUGUAAGUGCUAGCCCUGCAAAAGACAACAUGAAGAUGGUCGUUAUGAAUCGUCCUAGUCCAAACUCCAAAGGGAAUACCUCAUUUACACCAUAUGACUAUAUAUUUGUACCGGUUUUGCAACAACUGAAGAGUGAGAUUGAUAAUUUUGAAAUAACUAUUGUAUAUUGUAAGACAAUUAAUUGGAUUGGUUAUGGUUAUGAACUUGCAAAGCAAAUACUUGGUGAUGAAUUCCACUCAGGAAAACCAUCGGAGAAAACUGCAAGAGUCAUGAUGUACCAUUCAUCUAUGGAAGGCUCUGAUGGGAAGUUGAAGAAACAUAUUGUUGAGACGUUACAGACUGAAAGGUCUACGAUCCGACUGAUAAUUGCAUCUGUGGCUCUAGGCAUGGGUGCAGAUUUGAGGCAUGUUAAGAGGGUGAUUCAUGCUGGACCUCCUACUUCCUUAGAAACUUAUAUACAAGAGAUCGGCAGAGCAGGAAGAAGCCAUGAUGAUGCCCUGGCCAUUCUCUUCUUUAACAAAUCAGACAUUGCAUCUGCACAUAUGACCAGAGAAAUGAAGGACUAUUGUGUAAACUCAACUAUCUGCCGAAGAAGUUUAGUUAACCAGUAUUUUGGUUUUGAAACUCAGGAAGUCAAACAGUUUUCAAUUUGUUGUGAUUUGUGCAAUAAUGAACUGGGGAUAGAAUAUGAUUUUAGUAAACUGUCAGCUAACUAAAAGCAUACAUAGCUUAGUUUUCUUAAACUUCACCAUGACUCGUAAGCACAAAGCUUUUUUAAUUUUUAUUACAAUUACUGUUGCUGGUCACACCAUCCCCUUAAAAUAGGGUUGGUUAGUUGGCAACUGUUUUUAUUGUUAUUUUUGGAUGAUAAAAUUGUAUUUUAUGAUUGUACUGCUUAACAAACGAAUAUUUUGUAGAAUCAUUUGAUAUCUUAUCCUCUCACCUGAUUUAUUUAAUGCCAUUUUGAAAUCUGGUGUUUUUCCUAACUGUUGGAUGGAAGGUAAGGUUUUUCCUCUCCACAAAAAAAAAUGUUAAUAAUGUAAAUAAUUACUGAGGGAUAGUUUUGAAUAGCUGUUUUUCCAAAAUAUGUGCGGGCAUAUUUUUAGGCAACAAGUAGUAGAUGUUUUUAAUCAAUCUUGGUCCAAUAGUGUAUCUGCAAGUCCUUCUUAACAUUCAUAUUGCCAUUUUUAACAACAUAUAAGGUUAUAAUCUUAUUUAGACUUUGUUACAAAAAAGUAUUGUAUUUGUAUCAAAUUUAAACCAUGUUUUUUAUUUGUUUCAUAUUGCAAAGUAUUAUUUGUUUAACAUGUAGCGUGACAUUUUAUUUUUUUAAACUAUAAAUAAUAAGAUUGUUAUUUUUUUUUUGAUUUCAUUGCUAACACAUAGUUAAAUCUUGUAAAAAAAAACAUCGCUGACAUUGUAAAAAUCCAUCGCUGACAAUGGCAUAAGCAUGUGUAAUUGAUUACUAUAUAUACUUCGAUUUAAUUUAUGCAUAAUGUGUCUUUGCAUUUUUGUUUAAAUAGCAGCGAGUAUAGUAUAUUUGUUUUAACUUUUUCAUUGUUAAAGCAUAAGCUUAAAUCUUGUAAAUGAAUUUUUUAAAGUAAUUUACCGGUUCUAUAUGAAUAGGACCUUCUUGAAACAUUUAAGUACAUUUAUUAUUUUAUAUACACUUUGUGUGUAUUUAUUGUUAAGUAUUGAUUCGUGAUAUACACUAUCAGCAUCAUUUACUUUUUUUCUUCACUGUAAAGAUUGAAGUCUUAAAUUUGGCUUAAUCUGUUCUGCGAAAAAUAAUAGUUUUAUUAAAAAUAAGAUUUGUUGAUUAAUUGAAUUUUCACAUCUUUUAAGGAAAGUCUAUCCUCGAAUAUUUUAAAUAUCUUAAAUAUAUUUGAUUAGGUUGAUUUAUUUAUCAUUUAUGUUUGAUGAAAAUUUAUAUAUUCUAUGUUGACUUAAUGCAAAUGUUAGUAAGGAGAGUGCGUAUGGGUGAAAAUGUGUGAGAAUGGUACGGGAGUUUCGUGAUUUAUGAUUAUAAAUUAACAUUUGAUUGUAACGAUAUACCAUGUAGUAUAAGUUACCUAAUAAAGGUCUGUUCUGUU